AUGAUGGGAAAACUUCAGGAACCCACCAACCCUACAGCAAAGCCAAUGGUGCCGGUAGCGCCGUUGGAAAUCGACAUUGCAAAGCCUAGUAGUAGCGAUGAAAGAACUUUUGCAGAAAUCACCAAGCCCCAUCACAACUGGAAACUGAAGUAUAUAGUGAUGGACUGGUCAUUCAGUUUUCUCAUUGGAUUUUUGGUGGUCAGCUUCUGGAGAGGUGGCUGGACGUUGAUGGACCUUUGGGAUUGCUCACAAAGUCCCUCUAAGACUGCUCUUGUCGACGGAUUGACUUUUUGCGGUGCCGCAGACAUCCGUGCACAAGUCCGAAUAGACUCGGCCAUUCGAUCCUACUGGAUUGGGUUGCUUUGGUUGUUCGUUUCUGUACUAUUCAUUUGGAGUGGAGCAUGGGAGUACAGCUUUGCUGUAGGAAACCAAAAAACGGCUAGUGACCAAGGACGAUACCCACUUGUUGCUGAUCUGCGCUAUGGCGCAGCUGUCAUGCUUCGCUGCAUAACCGUGUUCGGCUUUGGGACUGCCGCCAUCCACUUAUGGCGUGGCAUCUGGUACGGUCUGGACUACUGGGUCCUCUACGAGGAACCUUUUCUCUCUUGGUGGACAACAACUUUGAUUGGAAUUGCGGGUGCUCAUGCAAUGGGAGCUGGAGCCUCUUUGCUUGCUCCACCUUCCGUGUACCUUCUGGAUGGUCCCAGCAACGGAGCUUCUCCCGCGAUUGGAGUCACUAUUCUAACUAGCAUUUACAAUCAGGUCCUCCCGGCAAACUCUCAAGACGCACCUUCCUUGCCCAAGGCUCUCUAUGGCAUUGACAUUUUGGGCAGCUUCCUUGUCUUACCAAUCUUUGUUUUGGGCUUUUGGAGGGGAUGCUGGGGUCUUAUGGACAACUACCUAUGGGGAUUUGUCGCAGACAACAAUGCCCUGUACUUGUCCAUCCUUUACUCUUUCUUGAUUGCCAUCGGCUGCCUCGUAGUAGCCAGUGAUGAUGUGCUCUUCUUCCUUCCAAAGUCCUUCCAAAGCAGUCCUUCCCUGCAGCGCAUCAUUUCUCGUGUCAAGAACCUCAUCCUUGCCCUGGGAACGGUCAACUUUUGGCGCUUUGUCUGGUAUAUCUGGGAUGCAUUUCUCGGAGGACCCACUCACGAGUCUGCAUGGGCUUCACACAUUCUUGGUAUUGUUGGCCUGGCCACUCUAGGCUGUCUAGCGUCGAUUGCGGCUCCUCCCUCCACCAUUGGUGUCGAUGUUUUGGCUCCUCCCGAGGCUGCCGAGGACACUCUCUUCCGCACGCUUCCUUUGCCAGCUCAGGAAAGUCUAUUUUUGUUUGGUAUCGCGCGUCAACUGGAACCCACAAUCACCGUCAAAAUGCCUGAAGAUACUGAAAACAGCUCGGACUCCUCAUCCAGCCCGGGAGAAGAGGAGGACAGCAGCUCGAACGGUUCCAUGGGGGAAUUCUCAGUGUGA